AGUCAGCCCCCUCGGUCUUUCUGCUCUGUCAGUCUGCAGUAGCGGUGCUCCUGAAGGCUGCCGCACAAAUCCGAACCAGCAGCCUUCCCACAGCCGUUUGGUGAGUCCCUGUAUCGAAACUUUUUACUACUUUGCAUUAGCAUCAUGGUGGUUGUUAUUUUUAGAGUUUUCCCACAACAUACUUUUUUUUUUCUGAUGGGUGCCUCUGAAAAAAUAGUUUUCCUAGUUGGAUGGAUACCUGGACAACCAGGACUACGAUGAAUGCAUUGAGACUCUUAAGGGCUAUAAAUUCAUGACAACAUUGAUUGAAAUUAAAUAACAUGAGAAUCAAUGGCAUUGAAAGGAUUUACAUUGAAUGGACUCUGAUUUUUGUUUUUGUUUUAAUGGGGUGGACUUUUUCUCUUUUUUUUGUGUGUGUCAAAAAAUGAUCAACCAUUGGGUUCACAUUUACAGUGUUUUAGCAACUAAAGUUAAUGUUGAUCCGAAAGUUACUUCGAGAAAGUAGACACCUAGAUAAAGAAAAUAUACCUGUGUAUACUGCGUAUAGUGGCAGCUCAUUUUUAUUUGAUAUAGUGUUUUUUAACUUUCAAAACUUCACAGAAAAUGGCAACCACACCUAGCACUUAAUCUAUUGUACAAAAAUAUAUAUCAAUAGUAAAGUAAAUUCAGGUUGCUAAAAACAAAUAUUCCUCAAGUGUCCAUAAUAUGAUAUUGUCUUUAGAUAUGGUUUAUGACAGAAAACAGACAGAAAAGUGCUUUGUGAAAAGAAUAGAUAACAUAGUGUCCAUCUGGAAAGCAGAAAAAAAAUAUCUGUAAAAAUGGAAGAAUAAUAUGCCAACAGACAUGAUGUAUGACUAAGAAAACAUACAAGACCUAUGAAGUCUAUUUGGAAAUAUUUUGAAGCACAAAAUUGACAAAUUACAAAGCUGCACACAAAAUCAAAUGUGUUUGUGUAAAUCAUUCUGUAAUUAUAGUUGAAGAGUAUAAAGAAAUAGUUGAAAAAUUAGUUUGAUGUCUAAACUUGAUUAUGUUGUUGUAGCAUUACUUUCUCACUGGGGUGUAAGCCUAACAAACAAUACUAAAUUAAAUUUGUGGUACUGUUUUUCUGCGGGUGCUGUGCAGUUAAACCUUGACAUUCACUCAUUUCCACCUGUGUGCUCCAUUAACAGGGUAUUUGUCUCAGACAAGAAUGGAGAGAAUCAAUCACAUCAAUAUCGCAAUGAUUGAAGAUAUUGGCACCAACGGGACGGCAAGGACGAAGGUCCUGUCAGCUAUGGACCAGAGCAAGCAGCCGUGCGGCUCUACUGUGAGCUUCCAUAACAUCCAUUACAAAGUGCAGAUAAAAACUGGCGUCCUCUGCAAAAGAAAAACUUGUACGAAGGAAAUACUGGUUGACCUCAAGUAAGUAAUGUAGUGAAAUCCUUUGUUUGUGUGUUUCAUGUCUCUAUAGUCCCCGUACUUUCUCUACUGACCUUGUAGGUAAACAUUUUAACAGCAGGCACGCUCCUGUUAGAGAAAAAAAAAAAUACAUGGGUAAUCACGGGUUUUUAAGCUGCUGCAGUUUGUUGGUUGUUAUACCUUUUAUUUACUCAAUGAGUCAAAUAUAAAUCAUAUUGGAUUGCCUGGUAUAUUCUUCUCAGGUUGUGGCUUAAUUAAUGCAUUUUGCUCUGCAGGAUGUCAGAUUAAUUAUGAGCAUUUUCAAAACAUAAUUGUAAAUCUGGUGAUCCUUGGGUAAUAAGAGAAACACAAGGUGAAAUUGAUCUUUUUGGCUCAGAAAUGAAACAGUAUUGUAAUAAUACUUUUGAGACCUUUGAUUUCAGCAUCGAUGUCACCGAAGAGCAGGAGUGCUUCAUGCCUUGUUAAAAUAGCUCAUUGUAUCUUUAUCCAAAGCAGGACAAUAGUGAAUGGACUCUUACAUCGGUUUCUUUCUAGUGGUAUUAAAUCUGACAUUUCCCAUGGCAGAAUGACUCAUUUCACACAACUUCUGGAACCUUUUCCAGCCUAAGUGUUAAUUAUAGGACAUUAAGCAUGGUUUCUUGCAUAUAAUCUCUCUGAUGCACUACAGCGCUGUCUGCCAGGAGAACGAAUUAAACACUGCCACGUGAUCCACUGCCAGUCUUUUAUUCAGUCUAUUAAUUCCUUUUUAUAUCACUGACUCUCUGGGUACUUUUUUGAAACUGUUCUCUCUGAAGUCAAAGGAUUUGCUUUGGAGUUUCAAACACAAGGGUAUACUUCAGUGUGUGUGUGUGUGUGUGUGUGUGUGUGUGUGUGUGUGUGUGUGUGUGUGUGUGUGUGUGUGUGUGUGUAGCUUUUUAAGAAGGGCUUGUGAAACAGCAAAAAACCUUACAUGAUCUUUAUUUCAGAAGCUAAAGAAAAGUAGGCGAAGUAAAAGUGAGCUAGAUUUUGCAAUUAUCCAGUGGGAAAAAUACAUAUAUGUGUACUGCAUUGUUUUUAUAUUCAACUAUAUUAAAGUACUAUUUUUUACAUUACUGUGAACAGAGGUAGCUAGCUUGACUUGCGGAGGACUAAUAGUGAUGAGAUAAAUUGUCUAAAAUGCUAUAAUUAUUUCAAGUUCUGUAGAUUUCAUCACUCUGUUUCACACACAACUAUUACAGUGAAAUAAAAUAAACAAAAAAAAUGCAAAACAUUCAGAUACAUACAAGUUUUGACUUUUAAACCACUGUAUUUUUGAGAGCUGUUGUGUUAUUUUCUUACAGUGGGAUCAUGAGACCUGGCCUAAACGCCAUUCUUGGACCUACUGGAAGUGGAAAAUCUUCGUAAGAACUCUCAAAGCAUUCAUGGGCAUUUUUCUUGAUAUACUAUAUUUUGUCAUUAUUCAUUUUUCUGUGUGUGUUUAAAAGAUUUCUGGAUAUUCUGGCUGCAAGAAAGGAUCCCUCUGGUCUGUCAGGAGAAGUACUCAUCGACCGAGCGCCACAGCCGCCAAACUUUAAGUGCCUCUCUGGUUACGUAGUUCAGGUGCAUUUGACUUCAUUUGAAUCACUGUUUCCUUUCUUUGUAGUGACUUUCAGCAUCAGGAUAAAAAAGCUAAACACCAACAUAUUUUAUUUAAUUACAACUAGCAGUGCUUUAUAUAAACCAUUAUAUAUUUGUAUCAGCUGCUAAAAGCUACUGUGUUUAUCAGCUACUUAUUAUUUUGCUGUCUGUAUUUAAAAGUUUGCAUAAAAUUGGUUCUCUUGAGCUUUUCUUAUUAAACCAACAUGGAGUGGAAACAGGAUAUUUUAACACAGUGAGUCAAUUAAACAUUAAUAUUAUGAGACAAAAAACAAGAUUUUUAAAUAUCUGUCAGUCUGAGGAGAACAGAGGAGCUUGGUUAUAAAAUUCUUUGGGUUAAUCACUACAUGCAUGGCAUUUAAAAAAAGAAAAAAAAAUUACUGACGACAGCUGUACUCAUCAAAAAACACAAAAAGUACAUGUUGCAAAUUGUCACACAUUGCUUUUUGGUUUAAUUGGUAAUUUCUGAUUUUCAUUUUUUUUCUUUGAUGAUUAUUGUAUUGUAAUGAUCAAAGUGACGGCAUUGAUUUAUUGAUAAAAAUGCAAACAUCUUUGUUUCAUGCCCGACAGUAUCACAUGAAAAAUUCUAUAUAUUCCAUUUCUGCGAUUAUCUAAAUACAGAAAAAUAAAUGGAGCUUAACACAAGCAAAAUACAAAACCAACUAUUUACUGUGUCUCUGACCUUUGACCCUGUGCUCUUGUCUCCUCUGUCAGGAUGAUGUGGUGAUGGGCACCCUGACCGUGAGGGAGAAUCUGCGUUUCUCUGCAGCCCUGCGACUGCCGAGCUCAGUGCUUCAGAGUGAGAAAGAGGCUAGAGUCAAUCACCUCAUCAAAGAGCUGGGUCUCAGCAAGGUGGCCGACUGCAAGGUGAGUAUCCACUCGCGUCCCGUUCUUUAUGCUUCAGGUGAGUCAGUCUGGAGUCAAUGCACGAUUGUUGUGUCCUCCUCAGGUGGGCACACAGAUGACUCGGGGGAUCUCUGGAGGAGAGAGGAAGAGGACGAACAUCGGUAUGGAGCUCAUUAUUGAUCCUCCUGUUCUCUUUUUGGAUGAACCAACCACAGGACUGGAUGCCAGCACGGCUAACUCUGUGCUGCUGCUGCUGAAAAGGUAUUUGGUUUUAAUAUCAAUUAUGUAAUUUGUUUGUCCAAUAUAAAUCACUGAACUCGAGCACAGUCUAUAGUGCCUAUUGGACUGCAAUAAUGCAUCUUCAGUAUUUUUUCUUUCAGCUCAAAUUCUUCAAACAGCAUAUUUGACCUAGCAGGAAACUUAUAGAAAAAAUGAUGCAACAAGUUUGAUCAGUUUAGCUGGAUUUAAUUUCAUACUGAUAGUGAUAAAGGAUGAUUUGGCUUAUUUUUUAUAGUUGGAAAUUUGAUGAAAAAGGCUUUCCCACAAUCCCUUGUACUCAUCCUCCACAAGACUUUCUUUUAGGAAAGAAAGUUACGUUUAAAAGAUUCAUUGAUUCCAUUUUUAAAGGUAUUGAAAUUUUUAAAACAAAUAUUGACACUUUAGCUGAAAUAUUAAGAAGCAAAAUUUUCAUUUUUGAGAACUAAACUCAACGUUUUGUGUCUUAAAAACUCAAAUAUGAUCAAAACUCUCCUUGUACUUCUUCGUGUUAUAAUGUGUUUACUUUGUGUCUUUUUAGAAUGGCUAGCCAUGGCAGAACUAUAAUAAUGUCCAUCCACCAGCCACGAUACUCCAUCUACAGGCUGUUUGACACUCUAACUUUGCUAGUUAGUGGUAAAAUGGUUUAUCAUGGACCUGCCCCAAAUGCUUUGGACUACUUUGCCAACAUUGGUGAUUAUAAUUAUCAUUAUUUCAUUGUCAUUCAAAUACUGUAUUUGUAGAUAGUUGUGUGUAAUCAUAUUUUGUGACUUACAGUACAAAAUAAUUUACAUUAAGCUACUCACAAGUGGCCUCUGAAUAUAACUGUAAUUUGUUUUGUCAGGUUUUCCUUGUGAGCCCCACAACAACCCAGCUGACUUCUUCUUGGAUGUUAUCAAUGGAGACUCAACAGCUAUAACCCUGAACAAAAUGCAUGGAUCUGAGGGUAACGGUGUUUUACAUAUGGCUCAGUGAAUGAAAGGUGCUGUCCUGGGCAAACCAUAGGACCAUUUUAUGUACCUAUCAAUAAGUAUAGUUAUUAUUUGAAAAAUAGGUAUCCAGGAAGUUUUGGGACAGAGAAGCUUUGAUUUAUUUCUAUAAGCUCCUGUGAGUCUUUUAGUGAUACAUAGCAAAUUAAAGAGGCAUCAUCAGGAACAGAGUACUUCAAGAUAGAGAUAAUUACUGGUCUUUGAGCAGUUUAAGUAUUUCAUGUAAGAAAAAUAUUGGAAAAAACACAUCAAAGAAUAUAUUAAAAAAAUACAUUUCGUAGCCAAUGCAAUGUUGAAUAUUUCAAAUACAGACAUCUUUCAUUCUCGUCCUGUGUACAUGGCCAGAUUUGGACUUUGAGGAGCUCAGCAGCUCUCGGCAGAGCAUCGAGGAGCGCUUGGUGGUGGAGUUCAGGAGCAGCAGCUAUUCCAGUGAAACAAGAGCUGAGCUUGAGCGCAUUGUCCAGGAAAAAGAGUGCACACCAUGUCAAAAAUCUCGCACCAUCACCUACAACAGCUCUUUCUUUCAUCAGCUGCACUGGGUGCUCAAGAGAACCUUCCAGAAUCUCAUGCUGAGCCCACAAAUCUCUGUGGCCCAGGUAAUACAUCCCAAAUACUUCAUCAUAUUACCCAACAUGAACAGUCAAAAGCAGAAAGUCAUCUGUUUCAUCAAUUACUAUGGUUGACUGGGCAUGUUAUGAAUGUACAGAGGCGGUUUUUCUGUGACUUAUAUUCUUUUUCCUACUCUAACAGAAGUAUUUUUGAAUUUCUUUGGGCCAAAUCCAAGUCAAGUAUCAAGUCUCUGAGAAUUAAAUUUAUUCAAGAUAUGGCAUGGCUGCAGGGAUUAAAAGGCUUGUAUGCUAAGAUUUAGAUGAGGAUAUCGACACCACCCUUACGCCUGCACAGUUCAGAUAGAGCUGAAUUGAGAAGCUUGCCACCUCGACUCAAAGACCAGAAACACAGAGAAAGAAAAACUGGCCACCAUCAUCACGUUGUACAUCUUUGACUAAUCUUUGGGUCAAACAAAGCAUUGUAUUUGGAUUAUCUGCAGGAAAAACAACAGGUUUAUGCAGUGCGUGUCAUGGACAGAGAAUUUUUGAGAGCAUUGUGAAGUGAUAAACUCAACUUCUAAAACAGCCAUAUGCUGACAAUAUGAAAGGUAAAGAGAGUUUCCAUUACCCCUGUGAGGGGCAGUGCAGUCAUACAAUUAGUCAUGUAAAGUGCCAACAGCAGCCUGGACAAUUUUUUUUCCAUCCAUCUACUCCAAAUGGCCAGAAACGUGCUCUCCAAUAGGUCCUGGGCAGUCAUUUUAACCCUAACCCCUAACCCUCAUCCUGACCCUAAAAAGUGCAUCCAGGGGGGCAAACCCUACUUCACCCAUAACGUAACCCUAACCCUAACCCUAACACUUUGACAAAUUUCAACAAUUUUUCAAUUUUUUUUUCUUUCUAUCCAUCCACUCCAAAUGUCCUGAAACAUGCUCUCCAAUAGGUCCUGGGCAGUCAUUUUAACCCUAACCCCUAACCCUAAAAAGUGCACUCAGGGGUGCAAACCCUACUUCACCUUAUAACCUAACCCUAACCCUUGUUUUCAGUCAAUGUCCUGCAAGCUAGUGGGCAGAAUCUGUCUAUGCCAGUCAUCAAUUGGUUGAAAUAGAACAUUUUAACAAGGUGUUUAUGUGACUGGAUUUUUCUUUUUCAUUUGUUCAUACUUUUUUGUGAUUACAGGUUAAUCUGAAAGUGUAAAAGCAAUGACAUCCACAUCACAUUUUUGAUAAUUCAUGUCUGUUUUCUGUGCUUCAAAAAGCAGAAACCUUUGUUGCAUUAUUAAGUAUCUUGAUUUGAGGGCAGAUCCUGUCUUGGAUGCAUAAGUCCUUCAGUCUUCAUUUCAAAUCAAGCAUUUAAGAUAGCAAGUCUACUUCUCUGAGGAAUCAAGGAGGUUAUAAAAAUGAAAUUUUGCCCAUAUUACUCCGUUUCUGGCAAAAAUCUUUUAAGGGUGGAGAGAAAAGGAAAAACAUCAGUAUCAGUGCAGUUAUCAUCAUGAGCAGGAUGAACAGACAGAACCUAAGAGGGGUUAAGACUUAAUACUCUCAUUAGUCACCCCAUGGCAACAAAAUGCCGUCAGAAGUCUCCUCACUUUAUGAAUUAUUAACAGCUAAUUGGCCCCAAAUAAGUCAGAGUAAUCCUACAAGAGGGGCUCUGGGAGGCGUGGGCGCAGUAAUCGGCUUUGGUGACUGUUGUGACCCUACUCUUGACUCUUUGGGCCAGGAUCUGAACUGAUAUCAUAUCUGGCCAAAACCCCCUGGCCUUGGUCCGGGACUCAUCACAUGAUGGCAUCAUGACCUAUCACUCCAGUGCCCCGCUUUCACAUGAGGGGCUGCGGGGAAUGAGGUGAAAAAGGUUCAACCGUAUGAGCUUAUCCCUUAACCCUGGGAACCGCUUUGUCCUGUCAUAAUCUGUAAAUUGUUAGGAUUAAAACUUGUGUCCCUUUCACUUUUCUCACUCUUUUCUUGUCAUCUUCCCCCCACUGGCUGUGCCGCUGGUUCUGUCUGAGAGGCCACUCUUCUGGAGGAGUAGGGCGUCCACUUGACCCUUGAUCCCGAGAAAGACUGAACCUCUUUUUUUCUCAAAGGGGCCACAGUGUCAGUUAAAUCUCUACUCUUUAAAAAGAGAUCAUGAUAGUCAACAAAGAGAGUAACUCUGGUGUUGAAUUAUGGCACUGAUCUAUCAGUUUUAUACUCCUGAUCACUAAUUUGCAAAGCGUGUGUGGAUCAUUUACUGAACGCACAUUGUCCGUACAAUGCAUGAUGACCAUAACUGGACCACAAGAUAAAAUCAGAUUAUCAAACAGUAAUUCUUAUACGUAGUUUUGACCCUGAAUAUUUUGAUACUUAAGUGCUAUACAGUUAUAGCUGUACUAAAUUAACAACCAAGUGCACUUUUUUCUUAAUGUAUGUCUUCACUUUUAAGUCUUUUUUUCAGUGUUUCGACUCAGGCUAGGAGGAAUUUUGAGUACCUUACAGUUAACCCUUUAAACUAAUUAGAAAGUUCAAUGUUACAUAAACUGGGCUUUUCUGCUGUUCACAGAUGUGAUCUCAUUCUGAAUUUGUUCUUUGUGAAUAAUUCAUACAGGCUUUGGAGCACAAGUGCACAAAAUACUGAAUAGCUUGCAUGUGAGCACAGAUCGAUAAAGCUGAUUUUGAGUCUGAUUUUCCAUGUUUUUAUCUGUGCAGGUGGGAGUCCACAUUUUCCUCGGCCUCAUUGUUGGAGCCAUUUUCUACGGGGUGAAAGAUGAUCAGAGUGGUAUCCAGAACAGGUGGGAGAACUGCAGUUCUUGUGUAUUUGACAGUGGUUUACUGACACACGACCUUUGUGUAUUUCCUUCAGAUAAGAGAUAAAUCUGAGCCUCUGUGUGGUGAUGGUAGAUUUUCAUUUUUAGUGAUACUCAGAUGGAACUCAUGCUACAGACUUUCUCAGUCAGUUUGAGUAAAAUCCAAAUACACAACUGCAGGUUACACACAGCAAACAGGAGUGAACAACACCAGUGUUAUGGAUUGUUAUAUCACCUAGAACUGAUGGUGGUUUAUGAAAGAAACAGAAACUUUUGCUUGUCAGAGAUGCCUCAUAUCUCAAACUAACCACUAACUGUUUUUCCUAGUUGUUCCUAUUUUGUGUAUAUUUGUAUCUACUAUUAUUGUUUAUGUGUAAUCUAAAGUUAUUUCUGCUUCAGUUGAUACAUGCAUCAAGAGUAUUCAGACUAUUUUGUUGAUAGGGUACAUUAUGUGUUGAUUAAAAGAUUGUUCAGACUUUUGAAGUUAGUUGCUGGUUUGAUUACAAAAAGUGUGAAAUCAGAGCAGGCCCUGCAUAGCUAAUCCUCUUACCAUAUUUAUUGGGUUCAAGCUGGUACUUACAAGCCCACAGAAUCACUCAAAAACCUCUGUAGCCCCCCUCUGUUCUUUCUGUGCAUGGUUGAGUUGAAUAUAGGGGCCUAAUGUCAUUAUAUUCAUGGUCAAUGCAUAGGCUGGGUGGCAGCCUGACACCGAUGUACAGAGCUUAAAUAUCUUAAAUUUUUCAGCCCUCCCUCCUUUUUGGGGGGACUCAGACACUCUUAAGCACCUGUAUGUGUAUGUGGAUAACAGGACAUGAAAUACUUCAAUCUGAGCUGUGAUGACUGUUCAGAGUCAAUCAUUGAUAAGUCAUGGGUACAGUUUUACCCAAUGUUUUACUUUUUUUGAUGUUCUCAGUGAAAGUGUACUUGUUUUGGUUUACUAAGUUUGUAGGUUCAGGUCUUCUUCACUAAAGCAUGAACUAAAACUUUGAGUUCACAUCUGGCUCUUAAAAUCCAAAAUGGAGAAGGCCAAAAUACUAAACCCAGUGCCUCAAAACAGGUGUUUGCUGCCCUCUAUGUCAUGCUUCAUAUACUUCUGCAAUAAGCCUGACAUUAAGACAGACACAAUUCAAGUCUUUUUAUAAUGAUAAUUUACACCUGUAUUUCAACUAAAACCUGCAUCCUCCACUACAUGAAGAAUGUGAGAUUGUAGAAACUGUCAAAAAGAGGCAAAUGAUCCUGUUUUGUUUCCUCUGACAGGAUGGGCGCUCUCUUCUUCAUCACCACCAACCAGUGUUUCAGUACAGUGUCUGCAGCUGAGCUCUUCAUCAUGGAGAGGAACCUCUUUGUGUACGUAAUGAUGUACAUGAUUCUUUCAUAUCCGUGACAUCUUGGUGGAUCGUUUAAGAUGAAUGAGUUCAGUCAGAGCCUAAUGUCAGUGUGUGGUUUUCUUGUGACAGGCACGAGUACAUCAGUGGCUACUACAGAGUGUCUGUCUACUUCCUGUCUAAGAUCCUGUCUGACAUCACUCUACGCAUACUCACCUCUGUUAUCUUCAGUUUUAUUGUCUACUUUAUGAUUGGUAAGACUGAAAAAACUAAUAAUAUUGUUUGAUUUGAGGUUUCUCAUCCUGAAAGUGAGCAAAUAUCCUUUUGAUUGUAACUUUCUAAAUAUUUAGCCUCCAUUAUGAGUUUGUGUGCAUGUGCAUUUGUGUGUCUGCUCAGGACUAAAAUGCACAGCAGCUGCCUUCUUGGUCUUCACACUGACAGUGACUUUGGUGGCGUUCACUGCCACAGCCAUGACUAUGGCUAUCUCAGCCGAUCAGAGCGUUGUGGCCCUCGCCAACAUCUUCAUGACCAUCACCUUCGUCUUCAUGAUGGUGAGAAACACUGUGAUCGUUCAGAGAAAUAUUUCUAGAAAACCUUGACUUAAAGAGGCGGAGAAUGACUUUAUUUACAGUCAAAAAGAGCGGGCCGCUCAAAAAAUUUAAAAUGUUGACUACACAGACAUAACAAAACACAGCGAUAUCGUUAUAUAACCAAAUUUCAUCAAUACAUUAUAGUUAUUGACUGAUAUUUAAGGCUUUUUUGUAUUCACACCUCAAAGAAAGAUGCUUCUUUAAUGGAAUCCUGCCUACCCCACCCUUAAGUAUAAGUGUCGGAUGUCUAUACUAAGUGUCUUCAGGUUUCAAACUUUGAGGUCAUCCUGGUGGAGUAACCCCAGGAUGAGACUGCAGGCUACUGAAAACAAUGUUUUUGCUAGAUUUUUUCAGGUCUUCUGGUGAAUCUACCCAGCAUCAUGGACUGGCUGGCCUGGCUGAAGUACCUCAGUAUUCCUCGAUAUGGUCUUGCAGUAAGUCGGGAUUUAUGGGGAAUUUUGAGAGUAACUGCAGUAAAAGCUUUAGAUAGUUAUGUUCAAUUUCAUUAAACUAUUUCAUAUUCUAUUUCGGCCAACAGAGGAGUGUAAACAACUUUCAGAUUUAGUUUUCUUACCAUGUUUCUCCAUUGAUAACCUCAGACAAGUACUGAGUUUUAGACCAGAAUCUUGAGUACAGCGUUGGCAUUUUGUUACUCAGCUGUAAUUUUUCUUUCUUGGUUUAGGCCUUGAAGAUCAAUGAGUUUGUUGGUUUGAAGUUCUGUGAGGAGCCUGUGAUCCAAAACACAAGUUUCAUGGUUACAGAGACCAACUGCAGCUUGAGCACAGCUGGUUUGACGUAAGUAGACUGAAAUGCAUUUUCAUGAGCCCUGGUUGUCUUUCUGAUUUUUUUCAACCUAUGAUUUGCCUCUCUAACAUUCGUAACAUUAUUUGAUUGACCACAAAUAAAUACAAAAAUAACAGAGCUUAGAUACCUGACUGAUGAGUGACCAGUAGGGAUCUGUUUUAUUCCAGAUGUACAGGAGAGCAGUAUCUGGACUACCUUGGAAUAGAGUACACCACCUGGGGAUUGUGGGAAAAUCAUGUGGCUUUGAUUAUUAUGACGUUCAUAUUCCUCGUUAUUGCCUAUCUGAAACUCCGCUACAUCAAGAAAUUCACUUAAAUGUGUGAUUCAGAAUUUUAGGCCAAAGAUGUUCACCAAAAAGGUUCCCAUGUUAAAGGUGUAUAUAACUACUUUUGAAAAUAUUUUGAAAAUACUUUUUUGCUUAUAGUUAAGAAGAAAGAAUGAAACUUCUCCUUUAUAACAUGGACUAAAUGAAUCUGGAUUCUGAUUGGUCAGUAACAGCACUCUAUAGUCACCCCUUUAGGAUCACACAAGAACCUUCUUUCUGCAAAAAUGAACUCAAUGUUGUAUAUUAUUCCUUACAUGUCCACAGGAAAUUAUGGUGUUUAAGCCAAGAGACUGUUAGCUUAGUCCAGUAAAACUUGUCUUGGCUAGGUUUAGUUGAUCUUUGUUUAGUUAGCUUAGUUCAGUUUGGUUGGAUGUGUCGUGAAGAGGAGUAGCUUCUAUGUCCUUGUGAUUCCUUAAUAAACUCUCCAAAAUUAGAAUGAAAUCAUUAUCAUUUGCUGGUGUUUACAAAGUGUUUUUGAUCCGUGAAAUUAUUUUGGGAAUUUUUUGCAUUUAUCAUACAGGAAAUGUGGGUGAGAGUGUUUUACAGUCUAUGGAAUCAACAUGCUCUAAAUCAUGGUUGGACUGGGAACUGGUCCUUCAUCCAGUGCAAUGAGGACUGUAGUCUCUUGUACAUGAAGUUCCUACUCAACCAAUUGAGCUUAAUCGGCACCCAACAGCUGUUUAUAUAUUUGUCAAAGAGUGGUUUUCAUAAACGCCAUAAAGUCCCUACUAUAACAAGCGUAAUAUCAAGUAAAAAUGAAUGUGUUAAGGGGUUUGUUUUUCUGUUUGUGUUGUGUUUGUAAAUCAGACUUCCUCUGUUACACCCUGGUCGACUUAAAUGUUCUGUUGUUUUUUUUGCACAAUCUUCAAAAUUGAGUUCAGAUUUUUAAUUUUCAAAUAAGCACUUGUUUUCUUAAGGUAUUGAUGUGUUAUGUCCCACAUGGUCAGCAGCAGUCUUGUCAACUUUUCUCUUGCUCUGCUGAGUGAAUCUGAACAUUUUCAAGUCACUUCGAUCUUAGUGUUUUUAUUCGGGCAGUCAAGCCUGUUUUCAUAUACUAAUUGAAACGUCCAAAUGUUUUUAUAAUUAUAUAAAAAGGUAUUAUUACUCUUACUGUUGUGACACAAAAGCAUAAAAUAUAAAAGACAUUUAUAUUUCAAUAAAACUUUAUUUGGUAUAAA